UACACAUUUUCAGCGUUUUCACUCGCGCGAUUCCUCUUUCUCUUGCUAGCUCACCCUUCUCCGCCGCCAUGGAAGAUGUUGUAACUACUCUUUUCUCCGAUCUGAUGGUUGGCUCAACGGUAUCCACCCACCGCCACCUCCACAACGCUCUCGUUCCUCCGAUCUGAUCCCAUCAGCAAUGUCUGCGGGUUAUCGAGGAUCGCCAUGGCAGCGGCGAAGCCAGUGUUCUUGUCUGCGAUGUGUUCGCCAUCAAUUCGAAGUUGCCGCAGUCGGAGCAUUCUUCAGGGACGUUUACUGCUCCUUCUUCGGAAAUUCCAAAUCUGAUUCUCUUUCCAUGCGGUUAGGGUUGUCGAGGAUCACCAUGGCAGUGGCGAAGCCAGCGUUCUUCGCACCAGUGUUAAAAGAUCAUCGACGCCUGAUGACAUCGUUCUUCGUAGCUUCUCUUCAUUAUUUUAGGCAAGUUCCAAAUAAUUCUCACUUAAUCUUCUCUUUUCAGUUUACUCAAGUUUUCAUUUUCUUCUUCCCUUUUGUCAAGGAAAAAGGAACUCAGACGAAGAUAUUUCUGAAAUCUCUCUUUGGUUUCACUUCAGGUAUCUCACUUCCUAUCUAUUUCCAAUUUCUCUUUUGUAUGGGACUAUCUUUUAAGGCAAUCUGUAUGAAAUGUUUGCAAUUUCUAUCCUUUUUGGUGUUUGUGUCAGGGUGUUGUUCUAUUUUAACUGAAAAUGCUAAUUUAACCAGAUAAAAAAAGCAAACUGUGUUUCUUUUUUGCAAAAUGUGACAAUGAAAAGAGCUCAGUUUUUCAUAUUGUUUGGAGAAUGUGGAUUCGAAAACUUGAUUUUUCAGGUGUUACUUUUUUUCUUAGAAGUGAAGAUAAAGAUUUUAAUUACUUUGAAGGAUGCUGUAAAUGCACAUGCAAGAAACAAAGUAGCACUGAAUUACUAUUCCUGUACUUUUCUUGUGCCUAAAUUAUGCAAACCAAGAAUUCUGCUUUUUUUAUUGACCAUCUUUUACUGUUAUAGUUUAUAUUUUCUCUUCAUGGAAUGAGCAUGCUUAUGGCAAGCUGGAUUUAUAUGAAGCCAAAGGUAUGCUGCAACCUAGACCGGAGAUACUCUUCCUACUUGGGAGCAUCUUCAUAUGACUUAUGAGUAUCUCCAUGGUACCUCAUAAACAGAUUUCAUUGUUUAGGUAUAUUAAAAAAAUUGUUUUAUGUUGUUAGACAUUAAACUUAAUUUCAUGUAUAGCCUUGGCUGGCGUGUGCACUGAGUAUGGAUUUACUGAAGGAUUUCUGAUGACAUAAGAAAUGUUAUUUUAGUUUUGAACUUACUAUUUGAGCCACAAAUGGGAAGGUCAUAAGAAAUCUGAAGGGUCUUCCACAGCACAAAGCAGCACCAACAUAUAUGAAGAGAGCAUUGUUUUGAUACAUUACACUUGUUUUUAACUUUGUGUUAGAUCUGACUUACUUGAUGGAAGAGUAUUUUGACACCUUACGCUUGUUUUUAGUUGAUUAAGUACUUUAAUGGAGUUUACCUUUGUGUUGGAUGACAUAGCAAAUAGUGUGUUGAACUUGCUUAUUUGAAUGAAUUGUUAAACUUACACAUU